AUGAUCACGACCAGCAUUCUCUUUGGAUUUGGAGAUAUUACUGCUCAGCUGUUAUUUAAACAUCAAAUAAUAACUACUAAAACUGAUGAAAAAACAGGAGAGAAAUAUGAAGAAGUAGAAAUAAGUGAUUACAAUUUUGCAAGAACUUGUAGGGCUGUGAUUUAUGGAAUGUUAUUUUUUGCUCCAAUAAGUGUAAUGUGGCAUGGUAAAACUUUACCAAAAUUAAAAAAUCCAUUUAUAAAUAUUUUAGAAAGAACAAGAAUGGAACAACAUGAACAUUCUCAAAGAAAAUUACAUUUUUAUGAUUCUGUUUUUAGAAUGGGUAUAGAUCAAUUGAUUUUCCCAGCAUUAGUUUGGAUUCCACUUUAUAAUACAGUAAUGGUAAUUUUGGCUCAACAUGAUGAUCCAUUUGGUGUUAUAAAAAGUAAAUUAGAAAAUAAUUGGUUUAAUGUUUUAAAAGCAAGUUGGACAGUAUGGCCUGCGUUUCAAUUAUUUAAUUUAUAUUUUGUUCCUGUACAUUUGAGAAUUGUUACUGCAAAUUUUUGGGCAACUGGUUGGAAUUGUUUUUUAAGUUUUGUUCAUAAUACUGCUGGACAUGGGAAAGGUAGUGGUCAUAAAAUAGAAGAGUUAGUAGACAUAGAAGACGAUGAUCAAGAGAUCACAAUGGUUUAUGACUAA